AUAUUUGUCCUGGGAUUUGAGCAAGUGUUUCCACCAUCCAGAAGGCCGUGCUACAGAUAUUUUCAGAAACGGGACGCCAUGUCAGAUUUUUUGUGUUAUUGCGUGAAUAGCAGAUCCGUAUUUAUUUAAAAUUACCAUUUCAUCGUGGUGAAUAUUCCCAGAAAUCAUUCAAGCUGGAUAGGCUACCAGAGUACCUGCGUGACACUGUGGACUGGUUUAUGGGGAAGGCGAGACGGAAAGACCGGGAGCUAUCAUCAUUGUGUUCAGACGACCCGAAACUAUACUUGGAGGAGGGGCUUCUAGAACGAAAGUGUCCUGACAUCGACUUACAAGUAUUACUGGAACUCCCUCCCGGUCUAGAUUACAACGAGUGGCUAGCAUCUCAUACUUUAGCGUUUUUUGACCAUAUAAACUUAAUAUAUGGCACAAUAUCAGAGUUUUGCACGAUGUCGGGAUGUCCUGAGAUGACAGGACCCGGCCUCAGAACAUACCUAUGGUUUGAUGAAAAAGGCAAGAAAACCCGUGUCGCUGCUCCCCAGUAUAUUGACUAUGUGAUGACAUUUACCCAAAAAACUAUCAGUGAUGAAAGUAUAUUUCCAACUAAGUAUGCCAAUGAUUUUCCUAGUUCAUUUGAAUCAAUUGUCAGGAAAAUAUUGCGGCUUCUAUUCCAUGUAUUGGCUCACCUUUACCACUGCCACUUUCGGGAGGUGGUGCUGCUGAACCUCCAUGCACAUCUCAACUGCGUGUUUGCACAUCUUACUCUAUUUAAUGCUCGUUUCUGCCUAAUUGAUUCCAAGGAAACAGAGAUCCUUCAUGAUCUGGUUGUGGCUCUCAAGUUACAACCAGAGGGUGAUGUGUCACAUACUGAAACCUCCUCAACCACUGGGGGAACCGGAAAUACAGGGAGUACUGGUAGCUCGUCUGCUGCUGUGGGUUCUGCCCAACAAACGGCAACUACUACCGAAAGCUGUGAAGCAGCUAAUACCACGACAGCCUCAUCAUCAUCGUCUCAAUCAUCAGGUUCUACAGGUUUACCUUCAACAUCUGUGCAGCGUCGCUCAAGUAGAUGUGAGGACAGUUAUUUGCAGUGUGAAGUGCCGCUUUUAAAUGAACCACUAAUGGGCAGACAAGAAACCGUAGCGGGGGUGUCUCACUAGUCUGACUAAACGGUACCGGUACCUCAUCAUGUUGUUAUUGUAUGAAUAUUUUAGUUUGUAGUUCUGUUUCUCCUCUGAGGAUGUGGUUCUCUUAUUUCUUUGUACUAAUCAAAAACAGUCACUGUUUAAUCACCCAUCAAACAUUUUUAUAAGAAUGUCGAAAGGGACACCCUCCCAGGCGGGAAGUCUUUUAUUGUUUUCAAUUAAUUGGUUUCAUUAGUAACCACAACCUCAGAAGAGAUUGGGACACCAACUCACUCAGAUAAACUGCAAGAUUUUUAUGAAAAUUUUUGGAUUGAUGCAAGUGCAGAUCAGACACCAAGUCCAGUUUGGUUGAGAUGAGUUGAUGUUCUCUUGUUAUUGCUUUUUUAGGGGAACAUUUCACCAUUUGCUUUCAUUAUUUUUUUCCUCAUUUGACUCUUGUGUUUAAAACACUCAAAUGGAAAGAUGUUCAGAGAUGUUCAGACUUACUUUUGAAUUAAUGGUUUGUGUUGAACUAAUUGACUGUGACAUGGCUGUUGCGUACUCUUGUAGGCUGUUUACUGUUUAUAAGUGCUUCUUUCACAGUUAGUCUAAUCCCUACUUCCAAGCAAUGCUGUGAAUAUGUCAUAUCCAUAUUGUUUACUGCAACUUUUGUUUCCUUUUCUAGUUUUGACCAAGAAUGGCUCUCAGCUAUUCCUACCUAGCCUGCUAUGUAGUCCUCGAAUUUUGUGUUGCCUGUACCAAAAUUGUGAUUUAUUUAUUUUAUUUUGUUGACAUUCUUUGACUUGUAAAGCAAAAAGGAAAAUAAUAAUCUUGACGCAAGAUUCAGAAUUUUUGAAUUUUGUUUCGUUUUGUUUCUUGAGCAGUGUCAGCUGGUAGAUCUCCCUGAUAAUCCUCAAGUUCUCUGAGGAAAUGUGAUUUAUGUGAUUGAAGGCAAAUUGAAAUGUCUCCAAGCACUUCUGUUCCCUUUCACUACUACACUAAAAGAAAAGCUGAAUUUGUUUUAUUUUAUGUAGCUUAAGUUUCCUAGUGUAAUUUAUGAACUGUGAAGUUAUUGUUGGAUUACGUAAAUAGUAUAUGUGAGUGGUCAAUCUUUUAUUUUCCUGUUUGAAAAAGAAGUUGGUUGUAUUGUCUUGUGAGCUUAGCAUUUAAAUUAUUUUCCUCAAAUGCUGUGGCAAUGGCCAACAUGGAAUCACCGGUGCAGUGCAAGACCUAUCACUUUUUAAAUGAGUUGUUUAUAUUGUAGAACAAAAGUGCAUCCAUGCCUUUGUGUAUAAAAUGCUCUUAUUUAGCCAAGCCAGUGAUAAUAGUGAUGCAACUUCCACAAACGAACUGAGUGGCCUGUGACCAUUUUCAUCAUCUGUCUAUUUUACUUGGAGUUUAACAACACAAAUCAAUGUGAUGUUAGCCACGUAAUGCUUUAUAAACUCUGUGGUAUUAUAAAUCUAAUGUUUCCUUAUUGAAGUUGCCAGGCUUACUGUUCCCCAGUUUUUAAAAUGUCAUGAGGUGUUUUGUAUGUGUUUUUAUACAGUCUGGGGUGAUGCUUUUUCUGGUAAGAUGUACGAGUUGUUACACAAGUCACAAGAGAAUUCAUCCUCCAGCAUUUUUAAACUGUUUUUCUUUUCUCUUUUUCUCUUCUUUUUUUUAUUGUUAAAUUAUAAUUUUAAGGUUCCUCUACUGGUGAUAAAUCGACUACUCUGAACAAAGCUUGUACUAUUCUCUGUUUCUAUUAUUUUAAACCAUUUUAAUGUCUUCAGUGUCAACAUUUGGAGCCAAAACAAUUUUAGUGUAGUAAGGCCAAUGCAUAGACAAAUGUCUGCUGAAGUGAGGUGAUGUUGGAGGCAUGUUUUGGAUUUGAACAAUCUAAGUAAACAAUCCUGGUUUUCCAUUUGUCACCAUCAAUGGAGUCUCUGCUUAAGAGUCGUGAACAAGAUCUAACUUCAAGAAGGUGAUUCAGAAAUUAGGAAAAUCAAGACGUGUUUGUAUUUAUUUUAUGCAUGUCACUUGAGCUGAACACUUGUGCAUAUGUAUGCGUUACAUUCAUGUGUAGGAUUGUGAACAAUAUGCGUGUCUUUGGGGUGAAUUAGUUUCAGGUGAUGGGAAGGUGAGAUUUGUGAUAAUUGUCAUUGGCUUUAAUGUUUAAAGAAAUGUUUAAGUUACACUUCUUUCGCACGUAAAUGCACCAGAGCAUUGGAUUAUUAGUAUCAGACUUUCUUCUUCCUGCUAUUGUGUAGUGUUUGAGUUGAGUUACCAUUGCAAAAACAAAAGUUAGGCCUGUUCCUUGUGGGUUGCGGUCAUGGUACAGUAUAGCCAUGCUUGACUAAGACUUUGGCACAUGCUUUUCUUACCACAACAUACAUACUGUAUUCAUUUUAUCAUGACAUUGCUUCUAUCAUAAACAAUGCACCCUGUGUCAAUUACUGUGUUAUCAGUUUUAGACAGUUACUAACUUAACAUUUCACCUGCUCAUCAUGGAGCAAAAUCACUUUUCAAACUGUUCUGGAACACAAUUUUGUGAAGUGGUACUUCAAUGUCUUCAGGUGUGGUUGUGUACUGUUUUUAGAAGCAGGUUUCUCUGUAACUCUUAAACCAAAUAUAAACCUGUUUACUGUGAAGAAUUUUUGUGAGUUCUACCAAAAAUUAAUGCAGUUUCUCAAUUUCUCUUAAAUUUCAUGACUCUGAAAGUGGGUUAUCUUAGGGUUAAUGAUGUUUACCAUAAGCAGAAUAGCUGAUGCCCAUUCUUUUAGAAUCUAAUAUUGCAUAAAACUAUUUAAAGAGCAGCGCACUUUGAUAAAACUACUAAGAUUCUUAAAUAUUUCAGCCUGUUUGUUUCACCCUUAACGUGUGUUACUUAUACUAACAAAAAAAAACUAACUGUUGUAGUUCAAAAUUUUUAAAUAGUGUCAAGUAAUUCUGCAUAACAUUCUCAUUGAAAUACUUCAUGAAUAUGCAGAUCUUUAUUUGGUAAUGUAGUGUACUGUCUUGUACGUAUUUUCUUCUUUGGCGCUGGUGGUGGAACCUUACCAACUCCUUUCAGGGAAAUAACUAGAACUUACGUAAUUUCUUUUAUCCCAUACCUUACCUCAAUGAUAUUUGAUUUGCAUUUUAUCAAUAGUCCAUCUUUCUGCAACUCUUACUUUGCAUUUUAAUGUGCAGCUGUUAGGAAAUGCGAAGUUCAAGGCUUGCACAUUUAUAUGCCAGCAAAGUUCGAAACCUUUUCCUCUAUUUCUUUUCAAAAGCAUUGUAAUAGCCGACUUCUAGCGAGACUGAUUUGUAUUGUGAUUCGUGGUUGUUAAAAUAAUUCCAAAGGACCGUUUCAUUCGGUUCCGUUUGUUGAUGUUUACAAUUGUUUUCUCUUGUUUUUAUUUAAUGAGCUAUUUUCUAGGGUGGUGACCUAAGUAGUUCCUUGAUCAUAUUUCAUGUUUUCUAUUUCCCUCCAUUAUAAACGUUUUGCUUCAUGUGGAUUAUCAUUAUUUCACUGCCCUAACUUUUCAUUUGGUUUUUGUAGCUGUGUGCAAAGUGAAUUAAAUGAUGAUGAAGUUGUUAAUCGUGCUCCAAACCUGUAUACAAUUUAUGCUUUCUGCAAUAGUUUGAGCAUUAACUCCUAUCUUUUCUUGGAAGAAUUUCGUUGAACAAAUUGUUUUUGUAUGGCGUGUUUUUAAUGUCUCAAGUUAAAGUGGCAUGUUUUCAAUUUGGUAUUGAGCUUUUUGAACUGUUUUCUGACAACUAUAAAAUUUCAAGUAUCAUAAGGACUCCAGUAUUAUAGCAAAAAGCAUAAAUCGUGAACACACUGAGCCAUUCUGUUGUAUAUGUUGUGGGUGCUUGCUCCUCAAACUCCGAACUGUUGGUUUGUAUGGAAGUGAGAUGUGAUUAGCUUGAGGUUAUGUAGAUCCUUUCUAGCAUCCUGGUUGUACAGCACUAAGAUUGAAUUGCUCUCAAUGAAUUUAUGGAAGGAAGUUAAGUUUAACAUUAAUUUAGGCUACAUACACUGUUGCACGUGUUACAGGCUGUGGAUUUCUAUGCCUAUUAGAAGGCUCUUAGUUAUGUAAUUAUGUUUGGAGAAUAAUGGAGCAGAAUUGUGACCCUUUAAUGCAGUGCGAACCAAACAAUAGGAAAAUUAUUUCAUUCAUUGUGGUAAGCGAAACCUAUUAUGCUAAUCAUAGUUUUGAUACAGAAAUGGGAGCUUCUCCUUCACUGCUCCUGAACCUGAGGAAUAAUCCUGGUUAAAUUAACAUCGUCAUCUCUGUAAUAUGUUAAUGCAAAUUAUUUUUGAGAAAAGCAAAAAGUCAAUAUUUUGAUUGAAAUCGUUAGUGCAGUAAAGGGUUAAGUCUGUUGCCGCUGGAGGAUCUAAGUCAUAGUGUAUCUUUCGCUUUUGUAGUAUUUUACAACUUUGUUUACUCUUCUUUUCCAAGUGUACUUGAUACUUCAUUUGUCAUUAGGUAAAGUGUUAGCAUUGUGGGGAUUUGUUUUUAAUUGUGUUGUUGUUUCUGUUUAUUCCUAGAAAUGUACUUUUUCUCACUUCUUUUCAUUUUUCUUCCGUUUUUUUUUUUUUUUCAAAGUGACUAGUAGUAUUUGAAAGUGAAAAAGAUAUCUAUGGGAUUUAUGAGACGUGUACCAUAUCUUGUUUGAUCAAUGAAAUUCUGCUAAGUUGCACUUCAGAUUGACAGAAAUAAAAACCCAUGUACUUAAUUUGAGUAGAAAUUUGUUACACUCAUAGUUAGCAUUCGUCGUUAAAGCAGACCCUGUCUUCUGUGUGGUCUGUUAUUGCUGACUUUUGGGGAAAUCUAUGGUCAUGAAUUUUCUAUUAACAAAGUUUCUGAAACCAAACUUGGAAGCGCAAUCAUGUAAACCUUUCAUACACUGUUAAAAUUUUAUUAGUUUUAUUGGCAUAAAACAAAGAAAUAUGAAUAAAAAAUUAGUGUUGCAUCUUAUGAAUGAUAAGAAUUGCUUUGGGGCAUGUUGAUGUGUUUUCUGUUUCGUUCAGAUUUUGUUUUGAGGGACCAUGGAGAUAUUUAAUUACCAGGUUGUUGGGUCACUUGUUCUCCGCUGGCAGUGACUAGGGUUAUGGUAGUGGGCCUUUACCUGCCGUUUGGUUUUAGUGCCUUAGUGGAUUUGGACAUGUGUCGACAUGUGUGCACCCUUGUACUUUAAUGUGCAUUCGAAGGCGGAGCACCAAAACAAAAUAGCUGCUUGACUGCCUGUAACAUUGAAGUUUUUGCAGGAGUGCUUCCAGUCCCAUUUAAAAUUCACACAUGACGGAAAACUUAUGACCAGACAAUAUUUUUUCUACAAAUCUAUAAAACUUGAUCGCUGGGUCUAAACUCUUGAUCGGAUGUUGGGUCAAUUCCUCAUAAAUUGUUUCUACGACUAAGCAAGGCAAUGUCUAGAUAUGAGUAAUAUCUAAUUUUGCUCUAGAGUGUAAACAGAUUUUAGAAUUAUGUGAUUGUUAUCAAUUGGAACUCAUUGGUGGCACAUUUGUAAAUGACCAUAGAUUGAUCAUUGUUACACACAUGUUCCUUUCAAUUGGCAGAUAAGAUGGGUUAAGUCUGGAUGUUGAAAUCUGGUGUCAAUGUGUUAUGGUGCAAUAUCUAAUAAACCUAUAUCAAACUUGUAAGUACAUGUUCCCUCAGCUCAGUUUGGUAGCUAUAGCUCUUUUCAGCUUAAGCUGCUUUUCAAUUACCAUUUGUGCAACUUAAAAUUCUCCUUAAGUCAGUUCCUUACCAACCCUGUUGAAUUGAUCCCAAGUUUCUCCAAAAAAAAAAAAAAACAGAUGAUUUUUGAAGAAAAUUUUCUUGAUCAACAAUAACUAAAUUUUUGGGGACCGGAAGGUUCAUAAUGUGUACUGCUGAUAACAAUUUAGAAAUUAAAUUGUAAGUGAAACAAAAUAGUGAAACUAGCAAUUGAGCAUGUUGUGUGUGAGUGAAGAAACGAUCAUAUAAAUAGUUUUAAAUAUGAAGGAAGUAUUUUUAUUUUUGUUGGUGAUUAAUGUGAGGAGUGGUAGGAGUGGUAUUUUACUACAAAGGCCGGCCGCAGCCGCUGCGCUCCACUGCUUCUGAUAGUGUACAUUUGUUCUGUAUAGCUGGGAGAAGUAAAAAAUAAAAUGUGUUAACUUA